GAUUGAAUGCCGAAUUUUAUCCCAAUAUCUUUCACUCGUAGGCUUCUAGAUUCUUUUAUACGUCGUCUGCCUGAAGUCAUCAAUCGUUCGGUAGGAAGCCACAACCUAACUUCACCUCCCCGAAGCUUCAUCGAUUCUCCGUUUCACGACAACGAAGGUUCUGAAUUGAUCUUGUGUCGACGACGCUAAACUGUUGAGAAGAUGUGGGCAGCUUCGUGUCUAGCAUCAUGCUGCGCAGCUUGCGCAUGUGAUGCUUGUCGAACUGUGGUGUCUGGAAUCAGCCGAAAAUCAGCACGUAUUGCUUACUGCGGUCUCUUUGCGCUGUCGUUGAUUGUUGCCUGGAUUCUUCGCGAGGUUGCGGCUCCACUUAUGGAGAAGAUCCCUUGGAUCAAUUAUUUUCAACAAACUCCUGACAAGGAAUGGUUCCAAACUGAUGCCGUGCUGCGAGUUAGUUUGGGAAAUUUUCUGUUCUUCACUAUUCUAGCUGUUCUAAUGAUUGGUGUGAAGAACCAAAAGGAUCCUCGUGAUAACUUGCAUCAUGGUGGAUGGAUGAUGAAAAUAAUCUGUUGGUGUCUCCUAGUAAUCUUGAUGUUUUUCCUUCCUAAUGAAAUGAUCAGCCUUUAUGAGGCAACCUCGAAGUUUGGUGCUGGAUUAUUUCUUUUUGUUCAAGUUGUGCUCUUGCUGGAUUUUGUUCAUGGGUGGAACGACAAAUGGGUUGGGUACAAUGAGCAGUUCUGGUACGUUGCUCUGUUCGUCGUGUCACUCAUCUGUUACGUGGCAACCUUGUCCUUCUCGGCUCUUCUUUUCCAUUGGUUUACACCAUCCGGACAAGAUUGUGGGCUCAACAGCUUUUUCAUUGUGAUGACCCUUAUUUUUGCAUUAGUUUUUGCAAUAGUGGCUCUACACCCAGCGGUCAAUGGUAGCAUUUUGCCAGCGUCAGUUAUAUCACUUUACUGUAUGUACCUGUGUUAUAGCGGACUUGCUAGUGAACCCCGGGAUUAUCAAUGCAAUGGCCUUCACAAGCAUUCCCAAGCUGUUUCAACAACUUCACUCACCCUUGGGCUUCUUACUACUGUACUCUCUGUUGUCUACUCUGCUGUUCGUGCUGGUUCUUCUACAACUCUACUCUCCCCUCCCAGUUCACCCCGUGCAGGUGCUGGAAGGCCCUUACUUCCACUAGACAAAGUUGCUGAAGAGGAAGAGAAGGAAAAGGCUAAGCCAGUUAGUUACUCUUACUCGUUCUUCCAUAUCAUCUUCUCUCUCGCUAGCAUGUAUUCGGCCAUGCUUUUGACUGGGUGGACCACUUCAGUUGGGGAAAGUGGUAAGCUCGUAGAUGUGGGGUGGUCAUCUGUUUGGGUCCGCAUAGUCACUGGAUGGGCAACUGCAGCUUUGUACAUAUGGUCCUUGGUUGCUCCAUCUCUGUUCCCUGAUCGAGAGUUCUAAGUGGCAAUUGGUAUGAUUUUAUCCGGAGCUCAUGUUUCUAGACGUGUUUCUAAUGCUUUAAAGCAGCGUUGUGAAUAAUGUUAAAUUUGGUUGGCAUGUGUAUUAGUAAUUGUUGAGUGCCUUGUAAAUUAAAGAUUGAAAUAAGUUGCAAAUUGUUUGAAAAAAUUAUAUGCUAUUGGACGAGGCACUUAGU